AUGAUGCCUUUACCAGAAGACCCACAACCUUUAUUAAAAGACCAAGAAGAAACAGCCUAUGAUUCUGAUGAGAAAGUCCUUUCAUUUGGGAUUGAUUAUGAUACCGAAAGCGGUGGGUCAACGGUGAUGCCACCGUUUUCAUGGAGAAAAUUAUGGUUGUUUACUGGUCCUGGGUUUUUAAUGUGCAUUGCCUUCUUGGACCCUGGCAAUUUGGAAGGGGAUCUUCAGGCCGGUGCAAUUGCAGGCUAUUCUUUGCUUUGGCUUCUUUUAUGGGCUACUGCUAUGGGUUUGUUGGUGCAGAUGCUGUCAGCGAGGCUUGGAGUGGCUACUGGGAAGCAUUUGGCUGAGCUGUGUAGAGAAGAGUAUCCAACUUGGGCUAGAAUGAUUUUGUGGAUUAUGGCUGAGUUGGCUUUGAUUGGUGCUGACAUACAAGAAGUUAUUGGGAGUGCUAUUGCUAUUCAGAUUUUGAGUAAUGGGGUUUUGCCUUUGUGGGCUGGUGUUAUUAUUACUGCUUCUGAUUGCUUUAUCUUCCUAUUUCUUGAGAACUACGGUGUGAGGAAAUUGGAGGCUGUUUUUGGGGUCCUCAUUGGAACAAUGGCAGUGACAUUUGCGUGGAUGUUUGGUGAUGCAAAACCCAGUGCCUCCGAACUUUUUCUUGGCAUCUUAAUUCCAAAACUUAGCUCCAAAACAAUAAAACAGGCUGUUGGAGUUGUGGGUUGCGUUAUCAUGCCUCACAAUGUGUUCUUGCAUUCUGCUCUUGUACAGUCAAGGGAGAUCGACCACAAUAAGAAAGGCCAGGUUCAAGAAGCUCUCAGAUACUACUCCAUAGAGUCAACCACUGCCCUUGUAAUAUCGUUCAUGAUCAAUUUGUUUGUGACAACUGUUUUUGCAAAAGGUUUCUAUGGGACAGAACUAGCCAAUAGUAUUGGCCUUGUAAAUGCAGGGCAAUAUCUUCAUGACAAAUACGGGGGUGGAUUUUUCCCUAUUUUAUACAUUUGGGGUAUUGGCUUAUUAGCAGCUGGCCAAAGUAGCACCAUUACUGGCACUUAUGCAGGGCAGUUUAUCAUGGGUGGUUUCCUGAACUUGGGCUUAAAGAAAUGGUUGAGGGCAUUGAUCACUAGAAGCUGUGCUAUCAUCCCGACUAUGAUUGUUGCACUUGUUUUUGAUACUUCUGAAGGCUCACUAGAUGUUCUAAAUGAAUGGCUAAAUAUGCUUCAGUCAAUUCAGAUUCCUUUUGCACUCAUCCCUCUUCUCUGCUUGGUCUCCAAGGAGCAAAUCAUGGGCAAUUUCACAGUUGGCCCCAUUCUUAAGAUGGUUUCUUGGCUUGUGGCUGCCCUGGUGAUACUAAUCAAUGGUUACCUUUUGCUUGACUUUUUCUCCAAUGAAGUGACUGGAGUAGUGUUUACCAUGUUAGUAUGCACUUUUACAGGCAAUCCUGCUAAUAAUAUCACUGAACUGCUGCACUAUUUUGAGGCUGAUUUAUUUUUCUUUCAACAUGUUUUGAAGGCAUUCUUCAGAGCUAAUAAGUUCAAGAUGGCUCUAGUUUUGUUGUGUUCAUCCUGUGUUGCUAGGUGGUACCUAAGGAGUUUCCCUGUCAGUUUUGAAUUUGGAUUUACAUGGGUUGGUAUUGUUCGUUCUGAAGUUAAGUUAGCACAAAAGGAUUUGGCCUAUGAAUAUGCGAAGGAUGGGCAUGUAAAACCACCAAACUCCAAUACUUUGAUAAGUUAUAUCCAUCGAUACCAUUGCUUCAUGGGAGGAGUAAUCCAAAUUCAAAACUAA